AUGUCCGACAACGAGUCUCCCGCCGGCUCCCCGCCCCAGACCCUCCACGAGGAAGAGAAGGAUGGCGAGCCUCAGGACCAGGAGCUCGGCGAUUACGACGUCGAGGCCGCUGCCGACUCGGACAAGGACUCGGACGACCUGUCCGACAUUGACGAGGACCAGUUUGGCGACUACGAUCCAGCCGCCGCCCGCAUCGAGGAGAAGCCCGUCGAGAUCGACGAGGAAGUCGCCAGAACCCUCAAGGCCGGCAAGCGCAAGGGCCUGGCCACCAAGAAGCCCAAGGAGGGCCGCAGGGAGAAGAAGAAGCGCAGACGCGACGAUGACGACGACGACAACGACAACGAUGGCGCCGACGGCGAGAUCCUGAGCGGCAAGCGUUCUCGCAAGACGGGUGGCCCCAGCGCCGGCCCCAGCAAGAGAGCCUCGCCCGACCCCAUCGACGAGAGCACAUUGACCCCGGAGGAGCGAAGGCGCCGCGCCAUCGAGAGGGCUGCCGCCGGCGAGCUCAAGAAGCAGGUCAAGAGACGCAAGAGAAAGGACGAAGUGGACCUGGAGGCCGAGCUCGAUGAGCAGAUCGCCGCUCUCAAGAAGGCCAUGGAGGACGCCUGCCGCGACGACAACAAUGCCCGCCAACAGGGCCUGCCUGCCGUCCACAAGCUCAAGCUGCUUCCCGAGGUCAUGGCCCUCCUGAACCGCAACAACCAGCAGAGUGCCAUUGUCGACCCCGACGCCAACUUCCUCGAGACCGUCAAGUUCUUCCUCGAGCCCCUCAGUGACGGUUCCUUGCCCGCCUACAACAUCCAGCGCGACAUCUUCACCGCUCUCCUGCGCCUGCCCAUCGAGAAGAACGCCCUCUCCGCCAGCGGCAUCGGCAAGAUCGUUCUGUUCUACACCAAGAGCAAGAAGGCCGAGCUUGGCGUCAAGCGCAUGGCCGAGAAGCUUCUGGGUGAAUGGAGCAGACCCAUCCUGCGCAGGACUCAUGACUACAAGCAGCGUUUUGUCGAGACGCGCGAUUUCGAUUACUCGGCUGCCAAGCUCCGUCAAGCUGCAGGCUCCUCGCAGUUGACCCUGACCCAGCGCCCAGCCGCCUCGCAACGCGACCUCGAGCGUGAGCGUAUCUUGGCGCCUCAGAUGAGCAGCAACCGUGCUCGCGUCACCGGCCUCCCCGCCUCCUACACGGUCGCACCCAAGAGCACGUUCGAGCCUUCUAGGGAUGGCUCGCAUCGCCCCAUCGGUGCCAGUGGUAUGGAGGCUUUCCGAAAGAUGACCCAGAAAGGAAAGAAGGCUUAG